GACUGCGGACAGUAAUCUGUGGGCAUCUAAAAGAUACAGUGGCUGUAUUAUACGAUAGCGCAGCCCGUAUUUCGCGCAAUCCAUAAAAAAUUAAACGGAAAUCGUCGUGUGCCAUGGGCGAUUCUAAUUUCAGCGGCGGCCGUUAAAAACUGUUUUACACGAAAUAAACAAAAACAAUUAAUUCAGUGUCAAAAUGAAUUCAUCGACAGAUUCGAAUUUUUUAGAGUUAAAUACAAGUUUUAGUAAUAAACCCGAUUUAUAUCCAACCAGCGUUAGUUUGGAACCGUCCCACGGAUUUGAAACAGAGGAUUAUUAUGCCUGCGGGACCUUUAACUGUACCCCCACAGAGUUUGUUGCUUUUGUGCUUGGUCCGCAGACCUUACCACUUUAUAAGGCAAUUUUGAUAACAAUUAUAUUUGGAGGCAUUUUUAUAACUGGGGUCAUUGGUAACCUAUUAGUGUGCAUUGUGAUUAUUCGGCACUCGGCAAUGCACACCGCCACAAAUUACUACCUUUUUAGUUUAGCUGUCUCCGAUCUGCUGUACUUACUAUUCGGACUACCAACGGAAGUAUUUUUAUACUGGCACCAGUAUCCAGAUCUCUUCGGAAUGCCAUUUUGCAAAAUUCGGGCUUUUAUUUCCGAGGCAUGUACUUAUGUCUCCGUAUUUACCAUUGUUGCUUUUUCCAUGGAACGAUUUUUGGCGAUUUGCCAUCCGCUGCAUCUGUAUGCUAUGGUUGGCUUCAAACGUGCGAUUCGGAUAAUAACAGCUCUUUGGAUUGCAAGUUUCAUAAGUGCCAUACCAUUCGGAUUACUCUCGGAUAUUCAAUACCUCAAAUAUCCGUUAGAUGGUUCUCGCAUUGAGGAGUCUGCAUUCUGCUCCAUGUCUCCCGAGAUUGUUAAUGUCAUUCCGGUGUUUGAAGUAUCCUUUUGCAUAUUCUUCGUCAUCCCAAUGAUACUCAUCAUAUUACUUUAUGGACGAAUGGGAGCUAAGAUUCGAUCUCGAACAAAUCAAAAAUUGGGUGUUCAACCUGGUACCAACAACAGAGAAACACGAAACUCACAAAUGAGGAAGAAGACAGUUAUACGGAUGCUGGCCGCUGUGGUGAUAACAUUUUUUGUAUGCUGGUUCCCUUUUCACCUGCAACGACUUAUAUUUCUAUAUGCCAAGAAUAUGGAGAACUAUUUGGAUAUAAACGAGGCCCUCUUUUCCAUUGCAGGAUUUGCCUACUACAUUUCAUGCACCGUCAACCCUAUAGUAUACAGUGUAAUGUCGCGACGCUACAGGGUGGCGUUCAGAGAACUUCUUUGUGGAAAGGCCGUGGGUGCUUAUUAUAAUAGUGGAUUUGCAAGGGAUCACUCCAGUUUCCGGGAAAGCACAGCCACAAGUCUUGGUAACAACAUAAAUUAUGACCGCGUUCAUUCUGUUCACGUUAGGUCAAGCAGGCAUCAAACUAAUAAAAAUGAUGCUGACUGCCUAUCUGCAAAUAGAGUGUUGAUAAAGAAGACAUACAGUCUUCCGCUACCAAAGAAUGCGGACUCCACCGUUCUUAGCACAACUGACAUUGUUAUCGUGCUGGAAAAUAGCCACACGGUUUGUGAAGAGCCCAAAGUUGAGAACGACAUUUGGAUCGAAAACGAGGAGACUUGUAUUUAAGCUUGAGGACAUUUCAGCUAUUGAAGAUGUCGAGUGAAAAACCUAAGGUUCUGUGCACAACUUUUUAUACCCGUUUCUUGUAGAGUAAAAGGGUAUAUUGUAU